CAGAGGUGGGGCCUGUAAACCAUCCAAUCAGGCGGCUUGCUAACAUUCUCGCGGGAUCUUAGUUUCUCGCUCCUCCCUCCCUGCAGGUUCCGCGUCUCCGCCGCCUGCAGUGGGCGGGUCCGGCUCGCCAUUGUGGCCUGGUGACCUCCUGGGGCCGCAGGAGCGCUGGGGAGGGCGCCGGACACUGGGAACCUGGAAGUGUUAACACAGAACCUCCAAAUGGAUGCAGAUUACUUUAUACUGUCCUGUGCUACAUAGUGACGUCCUAGAAUACAGCGGACCUCGUGCAGGACGGUGGUCACUGCAGCCAGGGUUGUCUGGUUUGCCAUGGCCCCUCCCUGUACAAAAGCCACUGGUAAGGUGACCAGUAAGCGGCCCCGUCGGGUGAUCGACCUGGAAACGAAAUUAAAACUGAUUCAGGACUACGAGGGUGGGAAACCAGUGAUGGUCAUUGCCCGCCAGUCAGGCAUGUCCCAUUCCACCAUCGCCACCAUCCUGAAGAACAGGAACAAGGUGACAGAAGCCCUAAGAGGCUCCGCGUCCCUGAAGGCCACGAGGCUGACAAAGGUUCGAGAGGGCCCCAUUUCGGACAUGGAGAAGCUGCUGAUGACCUGGAUCGAGGACCAGACCCGGCAGUGCGUCCCCCUCAGUACCAUGAUGAUCACAGCCAAAGCCAAGAGUCUGUUUGCAAUGCUGAAGGAAAAGGCUGGGCCCGGCUACAAUGUGGAGUUCAGUGCCAGCUCUGGGUGGUUGAAGCGAUUCAAGAACCGCUAUUCAUUACAUGAUGUCAAAGUGGGCACUGAUGUCCCCAAGGAGCGUGUGCCCGGCAUCUGGAAGAAGACGCUUCGGAGGUUUGUGCAUGACUUCAGAGGGCUGGCAGCGGAGGAGGAGGCGGCAGCACAGGUCAACAAGGCUGUGGCCGAAGUGACUAGCAACUUUCCCCUGGGGGCAGAUGAGGAUGACAUCAAGGAACUGUUGGAGGUGGCGCCCAAGGGCCUGGCCCAUGAGGAGUUGCUGGGACAGGGACACAAGGCCAAAGAAGAGGCCAGAGAAGUGGAAAGCAUGGGAGAGGACAGAGAAGCAGCCCCAAGAAAGUUCACAGUAACGGGCCUAGCAGAGGCUUUCUCGGACCUCAACCAGCUCCUUAAGAAGUUUCAGAGCAUGGACCCCAACCCUCAGAGGUUCUCGGCAGUGGAGAGGGGCGUCCGGGGUGCACUUUCUGCUUACGAGCAGAUCUAUGAUGCUAAAAGGAAGCAAAAAAGAAGAGGCGCCAUUCAGAAAGGAGUGGCAUCUGUGGGCGAGCCCCAGGGAGGUCCCUCAGGAGCCAUCCCAGAAGGCGGCAUUAUCAUCAUCGCCGAUGACGGCACCAUGCAUGUCAUCGCCCCUGAGGGCCUUGCCAUGGGACACAGCGGGCUACACAGUAGUGAUGUCAGUGACCCUGACCAUGUGUAGGACCAGGCUUGUGUGUCAGUUUUUCUAAUGAAAAGUUUAAGAGUUAAAGUAUUUUUAAAUUAAAAAAAAAAAAAUAGAGCCAGUUGCAGUGGCACAUGCCUGUCAUCCCAGCACUUGGGAGGCUGAGGCAGGAGGAUUGCCAACAGUUCAAGGCCAGGCUGGGCUACAUAGUGAGUUCAAGGCCAGCCUGAACUACAGAGCAUGACUUUGUCUCAAAAAACCAAAAAAAAAAAAACCUUUUAGAAUUAUAGGGAUGUAGCUCAGAGCACUUGCCUAGCAUGCAUGAGGCCCUGGGCUCAAUCCCCAGCACUGAAAAAAGAAAAAUAUUUUUGUGUAGUUACGGAGAUUCCUCAUUUAAUGACUUACCUGUUUAACGACUGUUUGUAUUUAUGACCAAGGCGUGCUGUUCGCCGCUCGGACUUAGGACAGACACAGCAGUGUGAGAAGCAGUGCAGCCUUAUGGUGGCUUCUGCAGUACCGUACUGUAACUUUUGCUGAUUGUACAGGACAGUACUGUAGUUUUAUGUUUUACAUUAUAGGACUACAUGUAAAAGUUACGCAAAUAAAAGCAAAGUCAUCAAGGUGGA